AUGUCAGAGCCUGUCGUCGAGACGUUGGUCCUUGUCUCGCGCAUUACGCGAAUCCUCCUAGGCUCAGUUCUAGCCGUCGGCGGAAUAGCGCUGGGCGUGUGGGAAGGCAUGCAUCAGUACGUCGAAUACGUCGCGAUGCCCAACGCUGCCGCGACGGCGGCAGUCACCGGGCCCUCGACAGAGAGCGCCGCCGCCAUGGAUCUUUUGGGCUUUGAUCAGGAUAUGCGUCUGCAAAACAGGCUUGUCAUGCCCCAUACCGAUCGACGUCUCGGUAUCUUUGGACGCCAUAUGGUGCGCAGCGCCUGGAUGGCGGAGCAUUGGGGCGGUGGCAUUACACCUUCGGUGGUGUUUGGGCGUCACCAGGUGGACAUGUCGAAGAUGCAUGAGAACCAAGGCUGGCGUAUGGCCGAGCAGUUCCUGCUCUCUGCGCUGCAUGUCGCUGACAAGCGCCGGAUCGCCGUGCCAGACCUGGCGCAGAUAGACAGCGCGCCGUUGGAUCCCACAGCCAUUCAGCUGGAAUUGUGGCUCGCCGACGUACGUGAGAGGAUCGGGACACGAGCAUCGCAGCACUUUGCCUCGCUUGCCUACGAAAAGCUGUACGAUGCUACAGGCGGCACAGGGGAUCGACCUUUGCAGAUCUGGGUCGCGCAGCGUCUAGGCCUGCAGUGUGGGCAGCAAGGCCAUGUGGACGAUGCGAUGGCAUGGCUGGAUCGGGCUAUGAAGAGCAGCGCGCACACCACGACCGCAGACGCACGCGAUGCUCUCCUAGCGCAAAAGGACCUGGCUCUGUCGCCCAUUGCACAGCGAUCCACGCUGACGACGUUGCAAGCCGCGGCUAUGAUGCAUGUACAGCAGGCACAGCAGUCCCCCGAUGAGGCUACCUCCCACUUGACCUCAGCGUGGCAGACACAGCUCGCGACAUGGCGCCUAGCCGAGCAGAUGCAGAAGCAGACGACCGCCGCUACGACAAACUCGUCGGCGUACCAACUCCAGCAGCUCUGGGCGCAGCAAAAGCAGGGACUCACAGCUAUGCAUUUGGCAGAGACACAGUACGCAUUAUCGCAGCACACGGCCUCGUCACGUCUUCGUUCGCUCUGGCGCUGGGUACGACGUGAUCCGUACUGCGAUGCACAUCCAUCGGCCUAUGUACCUACAUGGACCGAACCUGCUCUGCGCGGCACUCAUAUCGCAAGCCGGCAAUGGCUUUUGUACGCACGUCACCAGGCACGACAGGUCCAGCGUCGUCUGGAGGCACAGGCAUGGAACGGGCACCCCGCUCUGCAGUACGUUGCGCACCAGCUGCUGCGCGACGCGCGGCAGACAGACAAAGAGGCACAGGCUAUGCUGCGAGCCUUGGAACGUGCACAUACAUAG